AUGGGAAAUUUGGAAUCUACCAAUGGGAAGUCCGGCUUUAACAACGACGUCCACGACCUUCCAGUCCCUCCCAACUGCGAUAAGCCGAUAAUCGGACGUCACAUCGUUACUGCGUACAGAAAUAACUCACCUGGUGUUGGUGGCUCUUCUAACCCAUCCUCUCAGACUCCUAUACAAUUUAGUCCAAAUUCGCAAUAUUCAGAUUUUGCCAAUCCUCAUGGAUUAGAUGCUAUCAACCUCAAUGAUGAUGAUAUUGAAGAUCGGAGGCAAGAUAGUAUUCAACACUGGCAUUGGAAAGAGGAUGAGAUGCUGAUAAGUGCAUGGUUAAAUGUUUCAACUGACCCUAUAGUUGGUACCGAUCAAAAGGGAGAAACAUUUUGGAGUCGAAUUCAUAAUUACUGUGUAGAAUUUUGUUCCGACAUCAUAAUGGGGGUAGUUGCAUGUAAGAAACAAUGGUAUAAGAUCAACAAGGCUGUUGCACAAUUUGCCGGUUGCUACGAUCAAGCUAGUCGAAACAUAAGGAGUGGUUCGACGCUGAUGAUAUAA